UUUUAAAUUCAAAUAAUUCCAUUAUUCCAUACUUACAAUCCCACAUUACACAAAUUACAAAAAUGUCAUUACGCUUAUAAAAAACUUUUUAUUUUUCAUAGUUGAGUUUCUCCACAAAUUAUCGCUAAAACUUAAAAUCUGGCGGUUUUGUUCAUUCUAACGUAGUAAGUUAAUAUGUGGGAUAUCGAAGAAUUAAGCCGAAGAAAUAAAAAUAGAUUCAAAGGAUUGUGAACAUUCGAGUAUAUACAAUAGUUCUAAUACACAUUUUUGUUUUUGGAUUUGACUUAUCAUUAUAAAUAUUUCUUAGUAAUUAACCGGUGCUUGCUUAGUACAAUUUUCUUGCCGUUUCUAAGAAUUUACUUAAUAUAAGUUUAAAGAUAGAUUGAAUUGAUUAAUUAAAUAGCGGUUCAACCGGUUCUCAUUAGAUCCCGUGUAGCCUACAUUCAUGAGAACUCACAAAGAUAACAAAAUUGAUAAUUUACGUUUUCUUAAUAUUUAUUAUAAUAAUCCAUAUAAAAUUGCUAAAGCAAAUAUAAAAGUCUCAGUUACAAUUUAGCAACGAAGAAGACAGUUCAUUUUGUAGUAAUUGAAAUGAGCCGCCACAUUAAGCUAUUUUUAUUGCUCAGCGCUUUUCUGGCGUUGCAGACCUUAACUUUUACACUACCAGUGAAUGAUAGCAAGGAAUCUGAGGCUUCUACAGCAGACCAAUCAAAGCAGAGUUUAAUACCCGACACACCAGGCGUACAAGCUUUUAAAAAAGAUUUAAUUAAUCAACUGCUACCUACGGUUUUGGGUGAAGAGGAUAUAGAAAAUGGUGAAUACACAGCCCAGCUAUCAUCUGCGGAAGUAGAUUUGCCUUGCACUAAUGAAACUGUCAGAAUACAAAUAAUUAGUAGUAGCUUUCCACUGCCAGAACGUUUUUUCCAUGCACCAAAGCGUUGUUCGCAGGAAGAAAACUAAGUGUGGAUUUUUGAAGUGAUCUGUGAUAAAAGAUUAUUAAUUUUUUUUAAGUAUGUAAAAUAAUGAUAUGUAAAAAAUAAAAUAUGAAAUUGCAAAACUAAACUAAAUUAAAAAAAAGUUAAAGAAAUUAUACUAAAUAGAAAAACCAACAAAUAUAGAUAAAUCAAAUAACAAAAAAAAA